AAUAACGAUAUUUUCAUCAUGGUAGCAAAUUUCAAAGUUUACAAAAAAUGUUCGCCCAAUGGUAAGCUCACCGUUUAUCUGGGCAAACGCGACUUCAUUGACUACCUGUCGGGCACCGAGCCGAUCGACGGGGUAGUCCUGAUCAGUCCAGAAUACGUGGACAAUGACAGAAAGGUAUGGUGCCAGCUAGUAUGCAGCUUCCGAUAUGGUCGCGAGGAGGACGAGGUAAUGGGCCUUAACUUCCAAAAGGAUCUUUUCUUGGCGUCAGAACAGAUCUUCCCGCAAAUCAAAAAGCCUGAAUCUAAUCCUACCAAGCUACAAGACAGGUUGCUGAAGAAAUUGGGCUCAAACGCGAUACCCUUCACCUUCACCUUCCCACAGAGCGCGCCAUCCAGCGUGACUCUUCAACCCGGACCCGAUGAGACCGGUGAGCCGUGCGGCGUGAGUUACUACGUAAAGGUGUACUGUGGUGAAACGGAGACCGACGUGACCCACAAGCGCAGUACCGUCAUGAUGGGCAUCCGCAAAAUCCAGUACGCGCCUACGAAGCAGGGUCGUCAGCCGUGCACCGUAGUGCGCAAGGACUUCCUGCUGAGCCCGGGCGAGCUCGAACUCGAGGUUACCCUGGACAAGCAGCUAUACCAACACGACGAGACGAUCGCAAUCAAUGUGUGCGUGCGCAACAACAGCAACAAAGUGGUGAAGAAGAUCAAGGCGCUGAUACAGCAGGGCAUAGACGUAGUAAUAUUCCAGAACGGUCAAUUUCGAACGGUGAUAGAUGCGAUAGAGACGCAGGAUGGCUGCCCGAUCAACCCCGGUUCGAAUCUGCAGAAGGUACUCUACCUGAAGCUCAGCCUGGCGAGUAACAAGAACCGCCGUGGCAUUGCCCUCGACGGUAUUAUGAAGAGAGACGAAAGCGAACUCGCGUCUAGCACCCUGCUCACUUCGCCAGAUGUGCGCGAUUCUUUCGGCAUCAUCGUGUCCUACGCCGUCAAGGUCAAGCUUUACCUGGGCGCCCUGGGCGGCGAGUUGACGGCCGAGCUGCCGUUCGUCCUGAUGAGACCCAAGCCGACUGACCGGGUCAAACUGGUCCCGACGGAUAGCGUGCUGAUCGAGGACAUUCCGCACGAGAAGGUCGACGAGAAAAUCAGCUCAUAGAUUAAUAUUUUCAUCCCGCGAGACCAUCGCCCAGGUCGCUUCGAUCGCUUCUCGUACCCAGCUCGCUGAUUAGCAUAUCGAGUGGGCGGGAGGACGAUGCGAGGACGUUUAAAAAACAUCUAAAAGGCGUCUUAAUGUGGACGUUUUUUAAGUACCUUCUAAAUCUUGUCUGAACCUUGUAUGGUGUUAUCAGUCGAAUCGAUAUCUUUUAUUAUAAAUACAUCGCAUGUGACAUAAAUAAAUGCUUAAUACGGGACCAAUUUCUGUAUACAAGUAUAGAGUAUAAAAGAAUAUUGAAAUAAUUAAUUUUAAGUAUCUUCCGAUACUUUUGACAAACAUGUUUACUUUAUUAAUAUAAUCUAGCCAGUUGGUUAUUUAUAUAAUUAGCCUAUCCAGCAUUAAUUAUUUUCAGGAAAUAAUCUAUUACGAUAAAUCGUUUUGAUACGAAUGCAAAAUUGUAAUGAGCAUUCAGCUGCCUGCAUGUAAUUAAAUUCUUUAAUCCCCGCAAAAUCCCCAUGAUUGAACAUUUGCGUCAGAAUGUCGAUCCAAUUUCCCCAAAUUUAGCCAUACGCGCUUUCUUCGCUCGUAAUCGAGCAUCUCGAAACGAAACAGUUGUUACAAAAUGUAUAUACUUUACAAGAUCAAUAAAGACUAUAAGAAACGCUUGCUUCUC